UCAAAUCUAAGUGCCACACAGAUGAUUCUAACAUCUGCGUAAUUGCGGCCAAAGAUAUUUUUAUAUAUAGUUAAACGCUUAAUAAAAUAAAUCAAAAGUCAAGUCAUAUGGCAGGUAGGCUAUUGUGUUCGUAUUUUGUGUAAGGGGAACUUUUAAUCUGAUUAUAUAUUUUUUUCCAAUUCAUAUCUUGUGCUGGUUGAGUCCGUUCCGCCCACUUUGAGCCCGGGUAAGACAGCCUGCGCAUACUAGCCCAAGUAAAGUAUCAAUCCUGAGGGGACGGACCAUGAGGAAGGUCUUCAGAUGUGCGGAACUGCGUGCUGACUCGACGUGGGGUACGCGGUUUGGUGGACGAAAUGGCUGCAACAGCUUCUUCGCUAUAUCUGCACGGACCUCCGGAACAUAGACAACAUUAAAUGAGAAAUACGAUGGAUAAGUGAAACAAGCCAACUCCAUCUAUCUACCCAACUUCUCAAUGCCCCCCAACAACGGCACAAUGGUUUACGGCCAGAUACUCCACAGCCGCGGCCGAGAGGAAGACCAGGUCAACCUCAACGUGGGCGGGAUGCUGCACAAGGUGGACAAGAGCACGCUGAUGCGCUUCCCGCAGACGCGCCUUGGGCGCCUGCUGUGCUGCCACACGGAGGAGGCUAUCUUGGAACUGUGCGAUGACUACAGUGCAGCUGACCAGGAGUACUACUUUGACCGCAACCCCGGCAUCUUCCGCUGUGUGCUAAACUUCUACCACACGGGCCACAUUCAUGUGAUGGAGGAGUUGUGCGUGUUCUCGUUCAACCAGGAGAUCGAAUACUGGGGCAUCCAGGAGCUAUACCUGGCCUCAUGCUGUAGCAACUGGUACCAGGAGCGCAAGGCGUACAUCGAGGACCGCGACUGGGACGUGCGUAGCGAUGACCCACAGCCCAGCUUGGACUCGUCCUUCGAGGAGCUCUCGGUGCUGGAGAAGGACCUGGAAAAGUUCAAGGGUGCCUGGUGUGCGGACAUCCGGCGCUACGUGUGGCUGACCCUGGAGGACCCAGGCUACUCGCUCUCGUCGAAAGUGAUUACGGCGGCAUCGCUGAGCGUGGUGCUCACCUCCAUCGUAGCCAUGUGCGUGCACAGCAUGCCCGAGUUUCAGCGCGUGGACGCCAGCGACCGGCCGGUCGAGGACCCUGUCCUGGCCAUCCUGGAGGUGGUCUGCAUCAUUUGCUUCUCGGCCGAGUUCGCCGUGCGACUGGUCGUGGCGCCCUCGCCCCGCAAGUUCCUUGCCAACCCUCUCAACAUGAUUGACUUUGCGUCCAUCCUGCCAUUCUACAUCACGCUGGCGUUCGAGACCAUCGACAAGGAGCGGGGCGAGGAGGAGAGCGAGAACCUGGAGAACGUGGGCAAGGUGGUGCAGGUGCUACGGCUCAUGCGCAUCUUCCGCAUCCUCAAGCUGGCGCGCCACUCGGUGGGGCUGCGCGCGCUGGGCGCCACGGUGCGCCACAGCUACGAGGAAGUGGGCCUCCUCAUCCUCUUCCUCUCCGUCGGGAUCUCCAUCUUCUCCGUGCUCAUCUACUCGGCCGAGAAGGAGGACGCCGACUCGGACCUCGGCACCAUCCCGGUCGGCUGGUGGUGGGCCACCAUCACCAUGACCACCGUCGGCUACGGCGACACCUGCCCCGUGACGACGGCCGGCAAGCUCGUGGCGGCGCUCUGCAUCAUCUGCGGCCUGCUCGUGGUGGCCCUGCCCAUCAGCAUCAUCUUCAACAAGUUCUCUAAGUACUACCAGAGGAACAAGGCCAUGGACGCCAACCUGGCCGAAGCCGACAAGCCGCCAGACAGUCCUUACAUGCACAUCCGAGAGCUCUACGGUCAGAGCCUGUACCCCUUCCUUGGUGGGAUCUCCUUCAAAAGCAGCGACAGCAGCGGUGGGGAUGACACGGACGCGUCCAGCCUCCAGGACGUCGAGGCUGUAUGUGACGUGGACGCUCCAGAAAAAAGGAGAUGCUCCCAGCAGCAGAAGAAGAAGGAUGACCAAGUGAAGGACAUCAAACCCAAGCGAUACUGGCAUUGCUGCAUUUUAAACAUGGGUUGUGCCACUUCAUCUGUUGAAGACUGA